AUGGCUUCUUCUUCUUCUUCCGACGCGGCGGUAUGGGACGCAAAAACGCAGACGUUUCAUGGCGGACAGGAUUGGAAAUUUCUUGACAACUUUACUGAAGACUUUAGCGUAACAACCAAUGCAUUGGGCACGCCCAAGAAGGCACUGGAAGCAGCUACACAAGCCAUGAGCACAGUACAUCAUUAUCCUCCGGCCGAUUUUCAGCCUGCUAUUAGUCACUUGGCUGCUUUUCUGUGGCCUGAGAAGUGGCAGCAAAACUUGCCACUUUUGCUUAUGGGUAACGGUGCCAGUGAACUUAUUGAUCUCGUGAUUCGCAGUGUGCCACACGGAGGUUGGCGUCCAGGAGAGACUGUGACACAAUACAAAGAGUAUGAACGUUCCAGUCAAGCUGAUGGUCGUGAGACAUUGGCUUGGAACGAUCCGAAAGCGGCCUUGACGUGUCUUGUAAACCCGACGAACCCGACGGGAGAUUAUAUGGACGUGGAGGAGAUGAAACGAUACAUUGCAACCAAUUGUCCUGACAACCAUACGAUCAUUAUUGAUGAAAGCAUGCAGCCAUGGGUAGGAUCCAAAUGGCGUGAAGAUUCACUAAUUCAUCAACGGAAAUGGAUCAAGCAGCUGAGUGAGACCCGUCACAUUAAUGUCUGGGUCAUGACAAGCUGGACCAAGAUCUGGUCUUGCACGGGGCUGCGUCUCGGCAGCGUCGUGGCUCCCACGCCCGAGCACGCAGCUGAGAUCAAGCGCAAGCAAGUACCGUGGUCAGUUAAUUCCAUGGCGUUAGCCUUUGUGUCCGCUGUGGUAAAGGAUGAUGCUUACCUGCAGGAGACAUGGGAUGUCACGCCCAAGUGGCGUGCACACGCCAUUGAACAGCUAACGACGCGCUUCCCCAAGUGGAAAUUCUUUGGCAAACCUUUCUUGUCCUGGAUUUGGUUGGACACCAAGUCAGCAACUACAAGUGAAGAAGCCUGUAAACUGGCCAAGGAGCAUGGCGUGCCUGUUCGCAGUGGCAAACCCGGCUACAAUCUUCCCACUUUUGUACGCAUUGCUGUCCGUAGUCCAGAGCACACGGCUGUGCUACUCAAGGCUUGGGAGAAGCUACAGUAA